CAAGUGGAGCUGCCGUUGCAGAGACCAGCACCAGCCAUGGGGAGAGCUGCCCAGAAAACCCUCCUCUCUUUACUCUGUUUAGCAGCAGCUGUUUGUCAGGCCCAGGACACCUGCCCAGUGGUGAGGGUAGUGGCUCUCAACAGUACCGAGAAACUCAUUAUUCUCCAAGGCUGCCCUGGAAUUCCGGGUGCUGUAGGGCCCAGAGGAGACCAAGGAACUGCAGGACAUACAGGACAACGGGGACCUCAGGGGAUCCCUGGAAUGGUGGGGAAAGCUGGCCAAAAAGGACAAAAAGGUGCUGCGGGCCUCCAGGGACUGAAAGGAGACCUGGGAGACCGUGGACUUCCUGGAAUACCUGGAGAGGAAGUGCUGGAGAACAUGCAGUGUGAGAAAGGAGCAAAGAACUGCGAGGAGCUGUUAGCCAGAGGGAAAAUCAUGAGCGGCUGGUACACCAUCUACCCCCGUCACUGUAACGCCAUGACUGUGCUGUGUGACAUGCACACAGAUGGUGGAGGAUGGAUUGUGUUCCAGAGACGGGUGGAUGGUUCCGUGGAUUUUUUCCGUGACUGGAAUUCGUACAAGAGAGGCUUUGGCAGCCAGCUGUCAGAAUUCUGGCUGGGGAACGACAAUAUCCACCUGUUAACAUCCCUUGGUCCCCAGGAGCUUCGCGUCGAUCUCAAAGAUUUUGACUUCAACUAUCAAUUUGCUAUCUACAGAUCAUUCAAAAUUGCAGGAGAGUCCCAGAGAUACAAGCUGAUCCUUGGAGAGUUUGUUAAUGGCACUGCAGGGGAUUCCUUAACUGACCAAAACGGCAUGAUGUUUUCAACCCACGACCAGGACAAUGACGUGUCUGAGACUAACUGUGCUGUAACCUAUAAAGGGGCCUGGUGGUACCGGGGAUGUCAUAUGUCCAACCUGAACGGAUUAUACCUGAGUGGAGCCUAUGAAAGCUAUGCUGAUGGGGUGAACUGGGCUUCAGGCAAAGGGUACAAGUACUCCUACUGGUUGUCUGAGAUGAAAAUUAGGACUGUGUAGCC